CUCUCGUCAGAACUCUCCGUAGUUCCGUCCAGUUUUCUUCUCUCGGGGCUCGUGGUUAGUUUAAUAAAUCACGCGAAACUGCACGUACACAACCGAAUAAACUAAGCUUUCCAAUUUUUCUUGUCAAAGUGCUCGUCUACCAAAGAAACGUGCGUACACGGGCAAAUCUCCUAUCUCUUUGUUCGACUACGAAAAGCGGUGGUGACUCGCGAUCGUGAUUUUCAACGAUGUUUCGUUGAGAUAACUUCUUGUCAGUACGUGACUCUUUCUUCUUCUUUGCGUUACUACGAAUCUAUGGGAAUGAGAAUCAAUUCCGGAGAUCCUCGUUGAAAGGAAAACCUGUUGACUACCCCAUCAGAGAUUGAAGCAGCGCAACAUUGUGAAGUCAAUAUUUCCAAGAAACGACUAGGAAAAUUGCAAUCGUGUAACUUGUUACGAAAAGGUUCGGUUUGACCGCAUCGAGAGGCAAGGGUGGGGGGCAAUAUCCACCCUCCUCUCUAAAAGCGGUUGAAGGUCGUAUAAAGCUGCUACGGCGAUUAUCCUGAUCAUUGAAAUCCUUGACCUGGUAGCGUUAUUCUCGAAGGACACUAUUUACCUGAAGUCCACGAUGGGUAUUCACCAAAUUGAGAAGGAGCAGAAGCUAAAUCAUGCUUCGACGGAUCUCGAGAACGUGAACAGAAACGAGAAAGAUUUGACCGGUAUCGCCGAGAUUCCCGAAUUUCGUGAGCAUAGCGAUCUAUACACCGAGUACCAAGAUUUCCCGGAGGAGAAAAUUUGGUCGCCGCAGGACGAUGUGAACGAAUGGGUUCCCUUCUACGUCUUUAUGGCUCGUUCAGUAUUGACUUUCGUCCAAGAGAGGCAAGGUAUUUCCAACCGAGAAGCAAUGGAGAAUUCGUGCACCGGUUAUGCGGAACAAUACAUCACGGAUGUUCUUCACGACUCGGAAUACUCUGCAGAAAUCGCGCUGAAGACGUUAUUCACCAAAGAGUUGCCACGAAAGCUCUGCACACGCUGGACAGCGAAUGAUAUCGAACUUUUUAUCAAAGGAAUUACCAAGCACGGUAAAAAUUUUACGAACAUACGUAAGGAUUUACUGCCACAAAAGGAUACGAAAGACAUCGUGGACUUUUAUUAUGCAUGGAAAUGGUCUGAAUCGGCAAAACAAUUAAGAAAUUGUCGUCAUUCACGCCGCGCGAAGAGCAAACGUUUUCCAUCGAUUGGCUGUAUUUUCGGCGAACAAGCAUCUUCGAAAAUCGUAACUCGCAGCGUGACUGCGAAACAAUCUCUCAAAAGGAAAGAAGUAUCAAUCGAUCCUGUUAAAAACGAACUGUUGCACGAUAUCACGAGUAUCGCAAAUUCGGAGAAAGAAUCACCUGAUAAUGUAUAUACCGAUGCUCAAGAACACUCGAUCAAGGUGUUACCUGACGUUGGAAGCGUCAAGGGUCGAAGAAAAUUGAAAGAAAAUUCGAAUAACGUUCGUAGAAAGAGAAGACGAAAUGGUUCAUUUAUCGUUUGAUAUCUGAACGAUCGAAUAGAAAAUAUUGUACCUUGAAACGUGUUCUAAAAUUAUCGAGAUGUAAUUUCAACAGGCGAAGAAGAGACGAAUCUAGGCGUCCACGUUUGUCGUGUUAAAUAGUUCAUUGUUUCGUACUUUGUGUAUGUGAUAAAUGUUUAAUGUUCUCAUUUUUUGUACUCAUAAUAGUUCCUAACGUGCAAUAUGCGAGCAUAUUUUCUGUAAGUGUAAAAAAUACUGAUUAUGAUAUAAAUAUUGCAUCAUCGCUUAAACUUUAAGCAUAAUUUUAUAAUAUAAUAGUGGGAUAUUUUUUUCUUUUUAAUCCCUGUACCUGAACAAGCGAAAAAUUUUGAUGGGAUUCAAACAAAAACCAUCGACAAAUGUUAAUUGAAACAAGGCGGAUGAAUUUUUUAAUAUUUCAAUUUAUUUCAUACGAUCGGUCGUUAAAUAAAAUUCUCGUAAUUAGAUGCUAGCACACUGUAAGAACGUAAUGGCGAGACUUAUAGAUGGUUUCUGUACACUGUACACGAAAACUCGCAAGUCUACACAGCGAAUAGCGAGAGACUUUUUAAUGGAUAAUAAUAAUGAUAAUAAUAAUAAUAAUAAUAAUAAUAAUAAUAAUAAUUACGAUGAUAAUAAAAGUGAUAAUAAUAAUAAUAAUAAUAAUCAUAAUGUAUAAAACAUAAUAUGUCGCUACUCGAGAAUAUUCCUGUUCCAGCCACGUCGAAGUAUGGCACAUUUGUUACAAGAUAUUUUUUAACCCUUGUGCUAAUAGACAAAAUUUUUACGGUCGUUUAACGUGUUGAUAUCCGGAUCAUCUUUCCACAAAAUAACGGAGGCAUCCAAGUAUUUCUAGUAUAAACAUUACACGAACGUAAAAAUGUCCAAAUAAUAGAAAUCUAUAAUCGUUUAUAAAUAUUUUAAUAUGAACAUAGUAAUUCCGUUAAU